GGGAACACAGCUUGGUUACAUGAUCAUAUACAACACUUCACAUGUACGUGAACAGGAAUAACUCCCUGCUCUCAGCUCUCCGCCGGCUGACGUCAGGCAGCCGUCUCACUUUACAGCAACAAAUGCUCCGCGGCCUCGUCUGCAGGCUCCCUCUUGGCAGCUAAAAAAGGCUGAGACUCGGAAAAUAAAAAUGAUAGCGGAGAUGUUUAUGACUAUUGAGUUUCUCAGAAAGAAAAAGCACGUCCAGCAGACACAGCUGGGUGACUUUGAGGAGGAGCAGAUAUUAGCUAAAGUGAAGUCUCAACAGCUGUCAGAGACCCAAAAUUCAAUGUGGCAAGAAGCCCUGAGGGCCUACAUCUUAAAGAGCAUGUCAUACUUUGGAGAGAAGAUUCUUGGUGCCAUCCCGAUUGCAAUGACCCUGGCUGCUAUCUGCAGCGUUUCCGAGCUUCCUGACAAUAUUUUCGCCAUCAUUUUUGAACUACUGGAGCCUUAUGGAGAGAUAAGUUACUCUGGAAGAUUUGACAAUAUGGACUUGUUAUACGGUCCUGUGGGCUUGGGUGUAGUAGCCGGGCUGGGCUGUGGACUCCUCCUCGGCUGGCACCUCCGGUCUCGAUUUGGCUCCCCAUCUAAAACCCUGAUCACAGUGGUGGCAGACAGCAGCGGGGAAGCCAGUGUGAUGGGAGAAGGGGGCGAGUUCAAGAUGAUCCUCGUGGUCCGAAACGACCUGAAGAUGGGCAAAGGCAAGGUGGCCGCCCAGUGCUCCCAUGCUGCUGUGUCUGCUUACAGGCAGGUUCAACGCAAGAACCCAGAGCUGCUCAAACAGUGGGAGUACUGUGGCCAGCCCAAAGUGGUGGUGAAAGCCCCCGAUGAGGAUGCCCUGAUCGACCUGCUGGGUCAUGCCAAAGAAGUGGGCCUCACCGUCAGCCUCAUCCAGGAUGCGGGAAGGACGCAGAUCGCUCCGGGGUCACGCACGGUGCUGGGAAUCGGCCCAGGCCCGGCCGACCUGAUUGACAGUGUCACUGGAGACUUAAAGCUUUACUAGAGUUUCUGUUUUGUUCCUGUAAGCAUCUGAAUUCCCUUUCUGAUGAAACUAUUUUAAUAUAAACCAGGCUUGGCUGCCAUCUGUCUUAGUUUGGUGCAGAAUUCGGUUUGCUCCUGUAAUAGAAAUAUAUAUUUUUAUUUUCUAAUUACCAAUGGUCAAUGUAAGUGCCACAAAAAGCCAUAAAGCUGCAGAUCUCACUCUGGUGGUCAGAGACAACGCAUCUGAUGAAAACUACCACGAGAGUAGUUGGAUGCUUUGCAUAAAUAAAAAUAAUAAAGGCCAUGUUGAAUGACUUACAGUAGUGGAGCUUGUAUGUACCUUUACAUUAGAGCAAUAUGACCUACAACGUGACUAGUUACAUUUUUGAGUAUUUUUAGUCCUAAAUGUACUUUGUUCCUAUGCAAGUUCUCUCUAGAUUUUUAACUGAAGUGCAUUCACAAGUUGGGUGCACUUACAAUAUGAAAUGUAUUUUUACUUCAUAAAAGAGAAAAAGGUCUGAACCUUUUUUCCUCAAUAUGUAUUCAAUCUGUUAACAUCUGUUCCCAGAUUUCCUGCCGAUGAUGCUCUUUAUUCCUCAGAUUUCUGCUGGAAGUUCUUGUAAUAAAGGUGUCGUCUCCAAGCCCAACUCCUUGUUGCUGCACAUGUUGGAAUUCCUGAACAAGCAGAAAAA